AUGGCCGUGCUACAUGUCUGGGGAGUUUCCGGACGGGAGCUGGCUUCCAUACCUCAGCAAGAACUUCAAGAUGCACGAAUGCUGAAGCAGAUCUUGAGCAAAGUAUGUGGUGUCCCGCGCUUCCGGCAGAGACUACUGCAUGAUGGCGACAGCUUGGAGGACACGGCACGGUUAGACUUGCUGGAGGAUGUGCAACUGGUGUUGCUGGACUACUGCCCGACAUCUAAGCGUGACGUUGCGGAACUCUAUGAUGCUGCAGAAUGCGGCAAUGUGCUGAAGGUUGAGAUUGCGCUGCAACGACCGCAAGACCCGAGCUUGACGACAUCUCCCACUGCCCCCUCACCUCUUCAGAGGGCUUCUCGAAAUGGUCAUGUGGAUGUUGUCCGGCUCCUGUUGGAGGCCAUGGCUGAUAUGGAGAGAUUUCAUUGCUAUGGCUCUACUGCCUUGGGUAACGCAGCUGCUUUCGGCAAGAUGGGAGCUGUGUGCAUGCUCUUGCAGGCCGGUGCCAAAAAAGAUAACGGCACAGUGACGCCACUUUAUGCUGCAGCUGCUGAAGGACACGUAGAGAUUGUGCGCCUGUUGCUGGAGGUUCGUGCUGACGUGAACAAGAACUCGAGCCCCCGAAUCGCCACGACGGCUCUUGGGGCGGCCUCCCUGAACGGGCAC